AUGCCAGGAUUUAAGAAGUCAUCCUACACUCCUUCCUAUCCCACAACUGGACGCCCGUUGAGGACUCGGGGCGCGGAUCCCCAACCCGGGGUCACGCCUGGGGGCCCGACGGGGACUCGGGGGCUGGAUCUCCGACCUGGGGUCACAGCCGGGCGCCCGACGGGGACUCGGGAGCUGGAGCCCCGACCCGGGGUCACGCCCGGGGGCCCAUCGGAGACUCGGGGCCCGGACCCCCGACCCGGGGUCACGCCGGGCCGAAGGCAGGCGCUGCCCCGCGGAGCCCCGCGGAGCCCCGCGGAGCCCGGGCGCCCAGGAACCACACGUCUAACCUGGAAGCCAGCCCUUAGCGGAGAACCGGAACCGCCUGGCUCGAGCGACACCUGCGUCUGUCGCGCUUUCAGGGCUGUCCGCGGCCGACUCGCGGGUCUGGAGCCGCCUCCGCCCGCAGGCGUCCCCGAGUCAGCUCCGAGGCGCACGGAGGGGACCCGGCCCCGGGCGCUGAGCCCCGCCGCGCGCGGCCCGGGGCGAGUCCUACCUGGCGGUCCGGGGCCGGGCUCCGGGGACGGCCGCCGCAGCUGCCCCCGCACCUGCCCCGGCCCCGCCGCCGCCGCCGCCGCCCAGGAGCGCGGGUGCAGGCCCCGGAGGCCGCCGACCGCAGGCUCCACGCCCGCCGCUCACCCGCCGCCGGCUCCCGGGGGCCUCGGGGCCCGAGCAGCCGCCGCUCCGCGGGCGCCAGGCCCGGGCCCGCCGCCGCCGCCGCCGCCGCCGCGCUCAGCCCAGCCCCAUCGCCCGGGGCCGCUCGGGGUCGCUCCGGGUCGCGGCGCCGCGGGCGGCGGGCCGGCGGGCGGCGGGGGCGGAAGGCGCGGCUGGCCCGGGCCGGGCCGGGGCGGCAGGCGGGCGGCAGGAAGGGCCGCCGCGGGGGGGAGGGCGCCCUGGGCUGCCCUCGGAGGCGGCCUGGGCGGCGGGCGACGAAGCGGCCCCCUCCGCCGCGGCGCCGGGACCUCAGCGCGGGCAGCGGCCGGGGAGCGCGGCGAGCUCGGGCCUCCCGCGCCCGGAUGUGAGGUCACGUGGCCGCCUCGGCCGAGCGCGCGCGGAGGGGCGCGGGACGUCGGGGGCGGGGCCUCGGCGGGCGGGGCCUCGGUGGGCGGGGCUCGGGGCGGGGCGACGGCGCAGGCCCCGCCCCCGCGAGCCAAGGGAAGCGGCGGGAAGGCCCUCGCCCAGCCGCCGAGUGCGGGCGGGAGGCUGCGGCUGCGGGUGCAGGGCAGGGGGCCCCGCGCGGCGGAGGCGGACCUGCCCCCCCCCCCCCUCCCCGGCCCCGCCGCGCAAACCCGAGCUCUUAGCACAACGUCCCGCGAGGGGCCUGCAAGCCCGGCCCACGGUCCAGGUCACGGCGGAGACGGGCGCGGCAGCGGGAAGCCGGAUCCCAGCAGCGACCCAGGCCUCCGCCGCUGCCCGCGGCGCCCCCGCCCCCCGCCCAAGACAGAAACGCGCAAUUCGCCUUCGGCGGCGGGCUCUGCGCCCCGGGCCCCGGGAAGGGCGGAAGCGGACCCCAGGGACCCCCACGCCCCACCGCCUGCGGCGCCGGACGCUCUUCCGAGGGAGCUGGAGGCAAACUCCGCACCGCCCCCCGCACCCCCGUCCGCACCCCCGUCCGCACCUCCCCCGCACCUCCCCCCGCACCUUCCCCCCUCCCCCCGCAGAGGCUUGGUCUCUGCGCGCUGCACGCCCGACCCCCAGCCGCGCCUUUGGUUUCCGCCACCUGCUGCCCGGGCCGCGCCCACCUGGAAGCGCGCCUCACUGGGGGCCUCCCUACACCUGGCGGCUUAG